AUGGAGGAGGAGGAGAAAAUACCUGAUGAAAAAACACCUGAUGAAAAAACACCUGAUGUGAAGAUACCUGGUGAGAAGAUACCUGGUGAGAAGAUACCUGAUGAAAAAACACCUGAUGUGAAGAUACCUGGUGAGAAGAUACCUGGUGAGAAGAUACCUGAUGAAAAAACACCUGGUGAGAAGAUACCUGGUGAGAAGAUACCUGAUGAAAAAACACCUGAUGUGAAGAUACCUGGUGAGAAGAUACCUGGUGAGAAGAUACCUGGUGAGAAGAUACCUGAUGAAAAAACACCUGAUGUGAAGAUACCUGGUGAGAAGAUACCUGGUGAGAAGAUACCUGGUGAGAAGAUACCUGGUGAGAAGAUACCUGGUGAGAUGUUACCUGGACAAAUGGCAUCUGAACAGAUGACACCCAGACAAAUAGUACAGGCGAAGAUGCCGUCUGUGUCCACAAAUCAAGAAAAAGUUAAACAUGACGAAGAACAUCACGAUAACCAAAAAGAUAAACCAAGUGAACUUCGUAAGCGCAGUGAGCAAAAUGAACCAUCACAAAUUACGAAGUAA